AUGGUGAUAUCUGGGCAAGACUGAGCCAGCUUCUACAAUUAAUGACAGAGGCUGAGCAUAAACAGCAACUGAGCUCUAAAGCCAAAUUUGAGUCCUGGGCUUCUUGAGUAAUGCAACUCCCAUCAACUAAAGCACAAAGAUUUUGCAUGCUUCUACAGCAUGCACUGAAGCCUGUAGUUGACAAGAUCUGCCAGACCCCCUGGGGUAGGGAGGUUCUGAAUGUUUCCACAUUGGAUCAAAUGGCAUCCACCCAAAUGGAUGAGGUAAGCCAUCAAAACUAUGGAGACAUGUUCAAAAGUAUGGAAACCAUUGUGGGGUAUAACAAUCAGGAAAGAUUUAGCACCACAGACAUCAAACUCAUUGAAGCAGCACACAUGGUUUUCAUGGAUUUUACCAAGCUGGCACACACCAUGUUUCCAGAUUUGUCAACUGUGAAAAUGCAAUUGGCAAAACAUAUUGCAAACAUAGGAUCAAGAUCCUACCAAAACCCUGAAAUAUUCAAGUACCUCAGCAAUGAUGAGUAUGGGGGUGUCUACAACAAACUAGCAAAAGGUAACAUUCUACACAUCUAUACAUUUUACCAUGCUGUUGCAAAAUGGAAGGAUCUUAUUUGCCCAUACUUGAAUAUGUCUCUCCCAACAAAGAAAUUUUUGAAUACACAACUUGACACAGCAGAUGACUUUAUUGUUUGAGUACUGAUCCACUUUACUGGUGAUGACCAAGACAUCUGGCUUGAAAAAUCCAUCACAGCUUCUUAUGUAAGGAAAGUCUGACACAUUCAUGAAAAACUGCUAAACUUUUAGAAUGAUCUUCCAGCAGAUUGGGAAAAAAAGGACCUAGACAAAUGGUAGCAGACAAAGCUCUACCAACAGCACUUCAAGCAUGUAAUUUGGGUUAAGCUUUUCCACACAGUUCAGGAAAGAACUGUCAACAACACAAUCAAAUAUUAUCUGGUGGAAGGAGUGGACAAGCAAUCCAGCAGGAAGCCAUGGACUGUAUG